UCGUUCUAGAAUAAAGUAUAAGCCUCAUUCGAGGUUAUGUAGUUCCCCUCCACUGCACCGAGUCAGACCCACCAUGUAUAAUUGAUAGGCUUUUGUAUGUUUGAAAGUAUAGCCGCUUUUAAUAGCUAGCCAAGGCAAGGCAAUCGAGAACUCGGUUUUCAUGCCCUAUAUUCUCGGCACACUCGAUACGAUCUCUCAUUCUAAUUUCUGAUUAAUAUUCUCUCCCUAUGUUCUCUUUUCUAUGUUUUUUUCGUACCUUUUCAACAGCAAAAGGGAGCUGUGUUUUUCUCUGCUUCUAGUCUUUCUUAAAGUUAAGUUGUAAAAGGAUAAACUUGAGAUCCAUCAUCGCUAAGCAGACCUUCAUUGAUCUAUGAGAUUGUCCUUUGCCGAUCAGGCAAGUUUGCUUAGGCGACUUUUAUUGACCAGAUCUGAUUCUCUGAAGGUAGAUUGAAUUGUGAAGAAAAAGUGAUGGGGUUUACUCUGUUGGUAUUGAGAUGGCGAAUCGACUUAAAAAGGAUGAGAAGAAUGAGAGAACUAUACGGAAUCUUCUGAAGCUUCCUAAGAAUCGCAGAUGUAUCAACUGCAACAGUUUGUGAUGGCCCCACCACCCUGGCAGCUGACGCCCCAGUUGACGGAUCACUGCAACAGACAGCUAAGGAUGCUGCAGAGUUUGAGCCCAUCGAUGAUCCGUUAGAUUAGGAAUUUUUAAGAAUUUUUUUAGUAUUUGCAUUGUAAAAUGUACACUAUAUUCACUACAAGAAAAUAUAACAUUACUGAUAGGUAUAUGUAUAAUCCUCCCGCAAAAAGACUGAAAAGCCCUUCAUUAAGGGUAGGAUGGUCAUUUCCGCGACCGGAUCCGCGUACUUCGUAACGGGCGGGUCGCAGAGGACCCGACCCGGGUCGUAGGAGGUGACAGAAGACCCAGACAAUGACGGCCAUCCGAUUAGAAUGGGAUCAACCAGAUGAGGCCACGUGACCCAGUACUUGCCGUACAACUGUGUACUAUAAAUAGACCCCGAUACGCCAUAAAUGAGGUAACUGCUAUACAUUUAUUGAGAUCGAACCUUGAGAUAGAAUACAUUUCUCUCGAUCAACCUAACUUGAGCGUCGGAGGGUCAUUGUCGGGGACAUACCCGACGAGCUCACGGUUCUUGUUUUAUUCUCAGGGGAUCCAAAACCUGUUCCGGAAGAAUUAGUCGAACAGCUGUGAGAUCGUCUCAGGAGAUAGAAUAAUUCGACCCGGAUCAGUUGGCGCCGUCUGUGGGAACUUCUGAGAAUUCUAUCGUUAUGGAGGGUUCAUCGAGGAGAAACGCCGCCGAGGAAGAAACACCCAGGAGAGGAGCAGGUGCAACCAUCCAAAUCACACAGGAUGAGCUGCAAAGGAUGAUAGACGAGGCAAGCCGAAAGGCUAUAGUAGAAUAUGAACGGAGAACAGCGACCCCCCUGGUCAAAGAAACUGCUAGAAGGCAGCUAUUUGAAAACGUGGAGCCAAUAAGAGAGUCAAGAGUUCAGGGAGAACAUGAUCACCGCAGUAAGCGACCGGCAUCAUCCGAUGCAGGUUCCAGCAGUCAUGGACGCGCGAAAAGAAGAGAGCCGGUCAUAUCCAGGGCCGAAGUGGAGAGCGUGGGCAAACAGAUACAUAGCUUGAACAAACAGAUCGACGAGUUGAAGAAACGAGGGGAGAUCGUCGCGCAGAACAAGAACUCCCCUUUCUGUAACGAAAUCCUGGUUUAGACCGUUGAGCCCGGGUUCAGAGUGCCCGAUUUAAGGAGAUAUGAUGGGAUGAGAGACCCUCAGGAGCAUGUGGCCGCCUUUGAGAUGGUGAUGAAUCUUUACGGACAGUCAGCCCCGAUAAUGGCAAAAUUGUUCGCGACCACACUGACGGGAAAAGCUCAAGAAUGGUUCACGAACCUACCCCGUGGAAGCAUCGAGUCCUACGAGCAGCUCGUGCAAAAGUUCAAUUUCCAUUUUGCGAGCAAGAAGAAACAAAAGAGGUCGGUCACCCAUCUGUUUAACAUCCGACAAAGAGAAGACGAGACGCUGAAAAAUUUCAUGGGUCGAUUCAACAAUGAGACCCUGGAGGUGCAAGAGCUGAGGAUUGACAUGCUUGUGAGUAUCCUCAUACAUGGACUCAGGAAGGGCUCUUUCGCCUCCGCCCUCACGCGCGACCCGCCCUACGAUGUGGAGCAACUGAUGGCGAUAGCGCAGAAGUAUAUUGACGAAGAGGAGAUGAACGCGAUGAAAGAUUCAGAGCGAAGGGAGCGGGAAUAUAUUCCCAGACGACCUCAUGAUGGAAGAGGAGGAAAUGACAAACCAAAAACGGAGAAACGGAAGGAGCCUAAAUACGUGCCAAAAUACCACAACUACACUCCCCUAGCCAUGUCCCGGGAGAAGGCUCUGAUGAUGGUAGAAAAUGCUGACGUGCUGAAAUGGCCUAGACAUACGAGGUACACUCCUACCAAGAAGAUGUCUAACAAAUACUGCCGCUUUCAUCGGGAGAGAGGACACAGCACAGAGGAGUGCUAUCAACUGAAGGACGAGAUCGAAAGGCUCGUUCGUCAGGGACACUUCCGAGACCGCGUGCCCCCAAAUUGUAAGAUCGGCGGGGGAGGAAGGAGAAGCAGAUCGAGAAGCCCGGACCGAGAUAGAAAUCCGGGCCCAUCAAGGACAGACAAACCCCCGAUGGGUGGGAACAACGCACCCACAAAGGGUGUCAUAUACACAAUAGCGGGGGGAUCGACUGCGGGAGAUUCGGGUCGAACACGGAAAAGAUGCGCCCGGACAGCCGGAUUGGUGAGACAGAAAGAAUUCGUGCUGAAGGUGGAGGGUGAAGAGGCCAUCUCAUUUAAUAGCUCGGACAGAUUGGAGGACGGCGGAGAGAACGACCCCAUGGUCAUCAAGCUUGACAUCGCGAACUUCACCGUCCACAAAGUGCUGAUAGACAGUGGGAGCUCGGCGGACAUCAUUUUCAAAAAUAUCGUGGACCGGAUGGGGCUGGAGAAUGCGAGGCUCGAGCCCGUGAAAACUCCCCUGGUCGGAUUUGGAGGAAGCGAAGUGGCCUCGCUUGGGACGAUAGAGCUGCCGGUGUCCAUGGGCGAAGAGCCGAAGAGAAAAACGCUGAUGGUCAAAUUCCUAGUGGUUGAUACCCCGUUCACGUACAAUGUCAUACUGGGUCGGCCGGGGUUAAAUUCGUUCAGGGCGGUUAUCUCCACAUACCAUAUGAAGAUGAAAUUCCCCACUGAAUAUGGAAUCGGGGAGGUAUCAUGCGACCAGAAGGAGGCUCGCAAAUGCUACAACUUGUCGGUAAAGGGAGAGCCGAGGUCGAAGAAACAGAAGGUCAGGGAGGACGCGGAGCCCCGACCGUAUGAAGCUGAACACCUGAAACCCAGCGAGGAAUACAAGGCUAUUCAGCUCGCCACAGAGGACCCCAGCAAGACGACCAGGAUAGGUUCCAGCCUCAACGAAGGGGAGAUGGCCAUGAUAGACUUUCUAAGAAAAAAUGCGGAUAUGUUCGCGUGGAGUCCGUCGGAUUUCACCGGGAUCGACCCGGAGGUGAUCGUACAUCGGUUGAAUGUAGACCCCACUGCUCGACCUGUGCAGCAGAGGAAGAGAAAUUUCAGCAAGGAAAAGAACGAUGCUAUCCGGCAAGAGGUCGAGAAGCUGCUGAAAGCUGGAUAUAUAUCGGAAAUCCAAUACACAAACUGGCUCUCCAAUGUAGUGCUCAUCCCAAAAUCUUCAGGAAAAUGGCGGAUGUGUGUGGAUUUCACGGAUCUGAACAAGGCGUGCCCUAAGGACCCGUACCCGCUGCCGCGGAUCGAUACCAUGGUGGAUUCGACCGCAGGGUUCGAACUCUUUUCGAUGAUGGAUGCAUAUCAGGGAUAUCACCAGAUCCAACUGGCAGAAGAGGAUAGAGACAAAACCUCCUUCGUUACGGAUAAGGGGAUUUAUUGCUACAACAUGAUGCCAUUUGGACUGAAGAAUGCGGGGGCAACCUACCAGCGAUUGGUUAAUAAGAUGUUCGGGGACCUGCUCGGAAGAACCAUGGAAGUAUAUGUUGAUGACAUGCUGGUCAAGAGUAAGAGGUCGCAGGACCACAUUGAAGACCUCUCUCAGGCAUUCAGCAUAAUGAGGUCGCAUGGAAUGAAACUCAACCCGGACAAAUGCACAUUUGGAGUGACAGGUGGAAAAUUUUUGGGGUAUAUGAUCAGCGAAAGAGGGAUAGAAGCGAAUCCAGAAAAGAUACAAGCCAUCAUGGGCCUGAGGUCGCCGAGUUCGAUCAAAGAUAUGCAGAAGCUUACCGGAAAAAUUGCAUCUUUGGGCAGGUUCAUAUCGCGAUCGGCAGAUAGAAGCCUACCAUUUUUCAAAGCCUUGAGGAAACCCAAGAGUUUCGCGUGGACUCAAGAAUGCGAACAGGCUUUACAAGAACUGAAGGAGUACCUCACCAAACCCCCUUUGCUCGCAAAUCCUAAAGAGGGUGAGACACUAUUCUUGUAUCUUGGAGUGUCCGAGAACGCGGUUAGCUCCGUACUGAUAAGGGAAGAGGCUAACAAUCAGAAUCCAGUCUACUAUGUCAGUAAAAUGCUCCAAGGGGCUGAAUUGCGGUACUCAGAGAUGGAGAAGCUCGCUCUUGCGUUAGUCGUAACUGCCCGGAAACUGCGGCCAUAUUUCCAAUCGCAUAAAGUGAUAGUGCUGACGAACCACCCCCUUAAGCAUGUGAUGUCACGACCAGAGGCCUCCGGAAGAUUAAUCAAAUGGGCGGUCGAAUUGGGGCAACAUGAUAUCGAAUACCAGCCCAGGACGGCCCAGAAGGCACAGGUGCUCGCGGACUUCAUCACAGAAUUGUCCAGCGAUCCGAAGGAGCCCGACGCCCCCGACCAUACCUGUUCGAAGUGGAUGCUACAUGUAGAUGGAUCUUCCAAUGCGAACAACGGAGGAGCAGGCGUGUUGAUCCAAGGACCCAAGGGAGUCGAGAUAGAGGUCGCAGCCCGCCUAUCAUUCCCAGUGACAAAUAACGAAGCGGAAUACGAGGCGCUGGUGUUGGGAUUGGAGCUAGCAUACGAGGCAGGAGCUCGUGAUCUAGAAGUUUUUACGGACUCACAGCUGAUCGCUAUGCAGAUCGAAGGGGCAUACGAGACGAGAGAGAGAACCAUGACAAGGUAUAAGGAGAUGGUGCAGCAAUUGAUGGGAAAGUUUAACGGAUGUACCGUUUCACAAGUUCCUCGAGCAGAAAAUGACAAAGCGGAUGCCCUGUCAAAAUUUGGGGCAGCAAUGGACGGAAUUCGAGAUCGCAAAAUCACUGCCUUAGUUCGCGAUCGAUCGGCGCUAGCGAGCGGAACAGAAAUUCAGGUCGUUUCGGAGGGCGAGUCGUGGAUGACAGAGAUUAUACGAUAUCUGGGAGAAGGCAUCCUGCCCAACGACCCACAAGCAGCAAAAAGGGUCAAGUUUCGCGCCACCCGAUUCACGAUGUUAGACGGUCAGCUCUACAAACGAACGGCGGAUGGCCCACUCUUAAAAUGCUUGGAGGGAGAGAGAGCCUUGUACGUGAUGCGGGAAAUACAUGAAGGAAGCUGCGGUAAUCAUUCGGGAGCGAGAUCGCUAGCACAGAAGGUGAUGCGGCAAGGGUUUUUCUGGCCCACCUUGGUCGAAGAUUCCAAGAACUUAGUGAGGAAAUGUGAGAGUUGCCAGAAGUACGCUUCGUUGAUACAUCAGCCGGCAACACCGUUGGAACCGAUCAAGAUAGCAUGCCCGUUCGACCAAUGGGGAAUCGACAUCGUAGGUCCUUUUCCGCCCGCACAAGCCCAAAAGAAAUUCAUCAUCGUAGCGAUCGAAUAUUUCUCCAAGUGGGUCGAAGCAGAAGCGGUAGCCAAAAUCUCGGAGAAGGAAGUCAUCAACUUCAUUUGGAAGAAUAUUAAAUGCAAAUUUGGUAUACCGCGGAAGUCAUCAACUUCAUUUGGAAGAAUAUUAUAUGCAGAUUUGGGUAGGAAAAUUACAGAAUGGUGCAAGGAGUUGAAGAUCGCGCAGCACUUCACAGCAGUCGCAAAUCCUCAAGCGAACGGGCAGACCGAAGUGACGAACCGAACUAUCUUGCAACAUUUGAAGACUCGCCUCGAGAGCAAGGGGUCGUGGGUCGACGAACUGCCCGGGGUCUUGUGGGCUUACCGAACAACGCCGCGAACCGCCACGGGUGAAACCCCUUUCUGCCUGGUGUAUGGAACCGAGGCCAUCAUUCCUGCCGAAAUCGGGGAGGAAUCGCAAAGAGUUAUGCAGUAUGAGCCCGAGACGAACCAAGCCGAACGAAGCUUCGACCUCACCGUCAUCGAAGAAAAAAGAGAGGCUGCAUAUGCCCGAAUCCUGCAUCACAAGGGCCUAAUGAUGAAGAGCCAUGAUCGUAAAAUGCGACCCCGCCAGCUGCAGAUAGGAGAUCUCGUGCUGAAGAAGGUGGAGGCGUCAAAACAUGUGGGAAAGCUGGAGCCACCCUGGGAAGGCCCUUACAAAGUGAUUGAGAUCAGAAAGAAGGGUACAUACAGGUUGCAAGACAUGCAAGGUCGCGAUCUACCACGCCCAUGGAACAUACAAAACUUGAAGAAGUUCUACGCUUGA